AUGGAGCAGGUGCAUGUAUCCAAAGGAUCGCCUUCUGUGAAAGCUACAUUCAGGACUGAUGGUUGUGGACCUCAUUUGAAUUUCAGUGGAGGAAGUUCUGUGAACUUGUGUGGGACUUUUUCAUCCAUGUUACCUGAUCCUGCAGAUGGAGCUAAAGACUCAGCCCAGGAGAGUGUGAUUACCCGAGAUAUUCAUCGCACGUUUCCUGCACAUGAUUACUUUAAAGAUACAGGAGGUGACGGUCAGGAAUCUCUCUAUAAGAUCUGCAAGGCCUACGCUGUAUAUGAUGAAGACAUCGGGUACUGUCAAGGACAAUCUUUUCUUGCUGCUGUAUUACUGCUGCAUAUGCCAGAGGAGCAAGCAUUCUGUGUUUUGGUGAAAAUCAUGUAUGACUAUGGUUUGCGAGACCUCUACAAAAACAACUUUGAAGAUCUUCACUGCAAAUUCUAUCAGUUAGAGAGACUAAUGCAGGAGCAGCUGCCUGACCUGCACAGCCAUUUUUGUGAUCUGAACCUGGAAGCUCAUAUGUAUGCAUCCCAGUGGUUCCUCACUCUUUUCACUGCCAAGUUCCCACUCUGCAUGGUGUUCCACAUCAUUGACUUGCUGCUCUGCGAG